AUGGACUAUGUCACCCGAGGGGUCUGUGGCCAAGAAGGAUGCCGUGAGAAGCGAUACUAUCUAGAUAACGGCCUUUGGUUCUGUCGCCGUGGUCAUUUGCAAGAGGGCGUACAAGUUGAAGCUGAUCCGGAUGAUUUCGGAACACAGGGAAAGACGCAUCGGGUGAGGAAAGAGAAGGCCGAAACCUCACGGAAGACAUAUCGCGGUCGAUGGGCAUCCACGCUCUAUCUACAAGCCUAUCAAUUGAUAUUAUGGAAGCAAUGCCAUGUUCUUGUUAAGGACCAUGGGUUUCCAGAGCAAUUCGAGGGCGUUGUUCGAGAUCUCUGGGCUUUGAGACUGCGAGGCUUUUCCAUGCGAAUCAAUGAAACUACUGACGAUGACGAUGAUGAGCCGCAAAUAUUUAGCUCUCAGACAACACCGGCAGAAUCGGAGAACGAAAGUGCUGAUGAAUCAGGGUUCAGACCAGAAACUCAUAUUCUUCAAUGGCCUCGUUUGCUCGACUCUGUCGGUCUCUGCUACUUGGCAGCAGUUUUGAUGCGGCUUCCUGUUUGCGUAGUUGACUUGCAUCGGUAUGUUCCGUAUUCUUUGGGAACCCACUUUGAAGUCGUACUUGGCUUACAAGAAAACUUCAGCUUGAUAAUUCGCCAGGAUAUACCAUACAUACGAGCUAUGAGAAGUAUUCCCCAAGAAAUGGGUGAGAAACUUCCCCCGGAAUUUGUUGCGAGGCUUGAAAUCAACAACAUGCCCAAACCCGAGCGAAUGCAUCGCGGGUUUAUCGAGCUGGGUGCUUUCUAUAGCCGUCGCUUCGGGAUUACGCUCCCUCGUCUAAACGCACCUCUUUUGCUUUAUCGGCACAUCAAAAGAAUGGCUGUUCCCAUCGAUGUAUACGAGACGGCCAAAACACUGCAGGGCAUUCUUGGAAUUACAUUUGAAUACCCCACACGAAUUCGAGGCAAUGGACGAAAGGAAGCCCUCAAUCUGCCUGAAGUACAGACCAUUGUCCUCAUCAUUUUGGCAACAAAGUUGCUAUUUCCUUUUGAUGAUUUAGAAAGAAAUCCCGCCACGUCCAAGGAACCUGCAACGCAGACCGUAAACUGGCAGAGAUGGAUGCAAGCCCAGCGACAAUUCAGCAACCAUGAGCAAGCUGGCGGCCAGAUUGGAAAGGAGCAACUUAUGCGCAUCACCGAUCAUGAUGCAUUGGGCAUGAAUUUCUCCGAAAUCGAUCAGUACCUGGACUGGUAUGAGAAGGAUUGGCUGCAUAAUGUCAAAACAUCCAAUCCGAUUGCGGAAAUGUUCCCAACUAGCCGAUCAAAUGCCAGGGAUCAGUCAAACACAAUUGCUGGCCCGGUUCCAACUGUCGGUACGGACACAGACGAAGCACUCAGCGCGUUGUUGCAAGCAGUUUUGGCAGACCUCAAACCCGCCUCCAUGGACCCCAGUUCAAAGGCCUUGCGGCCGGGUUCAUGGUAUGCUCGGUACCGAUGGGAAUCGCAGCUCCCGGAGACUGCCCGGGCAUUCUAUGAAUUGGGGGCUCAGCUCGCUUCCAUCACAUUGACAACACUUGUUCGGGCCGUAUCCGUAGCAGAAUGGAGGGUCGCAAGAUUUCUCCUUAAUCAACGACGGGACAAAUACAUGAUGGAGUGGGCGAUGAAAGAGGAAGAGAACGAUGUGGACAACCUUGAUGAACAAUUUUCAGAUUUGGAAGUUUGA